CUUAGAACAUUGAAUAUAAACUUUAUAAAUACAGCUAUAAUAGUUGUCUUCUUAUUAGGUGGAGAUACAAUACUCUUGCAACCUAUCUCUUAUAGCUAAAAAGGUUUUAAAUAAAAGUUCCAAAGAAAAUAGUAGAUAAGAAAGUGAUGAAGGGAAAAAAGAAAAAAAGAAAAAAGUGUUGAAUAAGUCAACCACUUUUCAACCUCAACAACUAGCUUAAAUUCUUAUACGUUUGUUUUUCUAUAAAAAAUUUUAUUUUGUUAAUGAAAAGUCAAGGAAAAGAAAAAAUAUUUUUGUUUUUCGUUAAAAAUUAUUUAGACUUUACAAAAAGUUAAACUUAAAGCAACAAAUAAUUUUCUAAAAAAAGUUAUUUAAAAGUUAUUAAAUUAAAUCAAAUUGUUACUAUUAAAAAAAAAAGCAUAACGUUAUUAUUUAAACGAUGAAAAAUAGUUAAAUAGAUCCAUGCUGGCUGUUCUUCUAGUGAACAUGGCCCUUGGCUGUUGUGGCUAUAACGAAGAUAUAACCCAUUGUUUAAGUACUAGAACACCCUACUUACUCAAAGAUAUCAGAGACCCAACGCUGGACCAUUUCACUGUGGUUCAUGCAGAGUUAGUCCAGCGACAUGGCUCUCGAUAUCCAACAUCAAAUGACAUAAAUGCAAUGAAUAUGAUGGCUGAAACAUUUGCUGAAAAUUCUAAAAUUACAUGGAAAAACCCAUUUCCAAUGGAAAUGGAAGGAGAGUUAUGUGACAGAGGAAAACAAGAAUUAUUUAGUUUGGGAAAAUAUUAUAAGGGUGAAUUUAAAAAGUUAUUUUAUGGGAAAUCUUUACUUAAUAUUAACGUUACUGCUACCUUUAAAAAGAGGACUCAAGAUAGUGCUAUAAGUUGGUUAGAAGGGUUUUAUGAUGAUGAACCUGAAAAAAAACAAAUGGUUAUUGAUAACAAAAUAAAUAUUACUGUUGUUCCUAAAGACAAAGACACUCAGUUGUACUUUCAUAAAAAUUGUAGAAGAUAUGUUGAAUAUGAAAAAAGUAGUUCAACACAUAAACAGUCUAACCAAUAUGCUCAAAUGAAAUUAAAUGAAACGGCAAAUAGAUUUAUAAAAGCAAUUGGAAUGACUGAUAUUGAUGAAAGUACUAGUAAAAGUCUUACACAACUUGCUUUCACUGCUGGAGCACAUGAGUAUGUUGUAUUUAAUAAAAGUGAUGGACUAUUAAAGUAUUUUAAUAUUAGAGAUGCACAUAUAAUGGAGUAUAUCAAAGACUUAGAAACAUAUUAUACAAAAGGUAAUUCUAGUGAGUUAAAUUAUAAAAUUGCAAUCCCUCUUUUGGACUCUAUUAUUAAUGGAUUAAAAUUAGCUGUUGUAAAUGAUAAAAAUAUUCAAUUAACAAAACAGGAGAAUAAUAUUCUUGGUAAUUUUAGAUUUGCACAUGCAGAAACUGUUACUCCCUUAAUGACUUUAAUGGGAGUUAAUAUUGAUCAAUUUGCUUUAACUGUAAAAUUAAAUGAAGCAAAAAAGAAUCAGAGAAAAUGGAAUAUGUCUAAGGUUAGUCCAUAUAGUGUCCAUUUCAUGUUUGUUCUUCUAAAAUCAAAAAAAGGACAAUAUUAUGUAAGAACUUAUUUUAAUCAAGAAGCUAUAGUUUUACCUCCUUGUGGAUCAGAAAUUUGUUUAUUUGAGGAUUUUGUGAAGUACUAUGGAAAAAUUACAAAAGACUUUGAUUAUAAUACAUUUUGUUCAAAUUAAUAUUUAUAUUACCUACUUCGUUUUGGUAAUUUGUUUUAAGUAGAAUCAAAUUAAGUAUCAUAAUCGGUAACAAGAAAAUUCUUCUUAAAAGUAAAAUAAAUGAC